AGCAUCGUCUCUCAAAGACUUUUGAUGAGACACUUGCAACUCGAGUUAUUAACUCAGCUAUGAGAAAAAUAAUGUUUCACACCGGGUGUGGAAGGGAAGUAGGUCGAGAGAGAGAAACUAUGGACGCUUAUUGAAUGCGACUUUGCCUUCUUGAAACCCUCCCCUUAUAUAGUAAUUCUAACUCCCUUUCUCAGCUGCCACUUCAUUUUCCACCCUCACCAUACCAAAAACCCUCUGUUUUCUUUUCUUUCAAGACAUUGUUGAUUCCUGACAAUUUCACCUAGGAAUCAGUGAAGUUUGUGUUGCUGCUUCUUUAACUCAUUGUAAUUUGGUCGGUCUCGAAAUGGGGAGGCACUCGUGCUGUUACAAGCAGAAGCUGAGAAGGGGUCUUUGGUCCCCUGAAGAAGACGAAAAGCUCUUGGCGCAUAUUACCAAGUACGGCCAUGGUUGCUGGAGUUCCAUCCCUAAACAAGCUGGUCUGCAGAGGUGUGGAAAGAGUUGCAGAUUGAGGUGGAUUAAUUACUUGAGGCCUGAUUUAAAGAGGGGCACAUUCUCUCAGGAAGAAGAAGAUCUCAUAAUUGAGCUCCAUGCAGUUCUGGGGAAUCGGUGGUCCCAAAUAGCUGCACAAUUGCCUGGGAGAACCGACAACGAAAUCAAGAAUCUAUGGAAUUCUUGCUUGAAGAAGAAGCUUAAGCAGAGGGGUAUCGACCCUGUCACGCACAAGCCAUUAUCAGAGGUUGAAGAUGGCGAAGACGGCAACAAGAUUCAUCCCGCAUCGGAUGAACAGAACCUUAUUGGUUCCAACAGCAAUACUCAGCCGUCUGAUUCGGUGGGUCAUUUUGAAAUGCAGCCAUCUAACUCGAACCCGACUCACUGGUUCACCCAAACCAGCAAAGCUUUCGGUACCAACACCGAGUUUUCUUCAAACUCGAUGACGUCAACAACCCUUCUCCCACCAUUGACAAGCACAUUCCUCUCCGACAGUCCUUCAACGGCGGCAACCUACGAAUCCUGCUACGGGAACAGCGGGUUCUCUUGGGGAUUAAUGGAAAACCAGGAAGAAGAACCCAAAUUGAGUGAAUAUCUCAACAACCCUCUGUUAAUGGCGGAUGCUUUGCAGAAUCAAACGCCACAAUCUUUGUUCCACAUGGAGAUAAAAUCAGAACCAUGUUUCUUGAAUUCAUCGUCAUCGUCGAGCACUGUGUGGGGUCAUAGUCAGAACUAAGAGCAUCCUUUACAAAAUCCCGAUAUAUGUGGUAAGGAUAUCCAGAGACUCACGGCUGCUUUUGAACAUGUUUAGCUCUUGCAUCUAUCGGCCUGUUCUUUUUAUUGUUCUUGUUCUUUGUGUCUUUUACUCUGCCUUGUUGCAAUAUGACCAUAUUUGUACACUGAAAUGUUGGCACGAAAUCAGUGAUUCAGUAAGGAUUUGUCA